UUGUACCGUACACAUUCGUCAUUUUACGAAGUGUGCGUGUGUGUAAUUGUGUUAUAACAAUAUAUCUACUGUGCUGAGAACCCUAAUUAGUCCAACUUUUGUGCUAGUGGAAAUUAUUUUUGCUAAGCAGGAAUUUGAAGUGCAUGAUGAAUGUUUGGAACAGUAGUGAUUCAAGAAUUUUUGUGGACAAGUCUUGCAUUUAGCAGGUUUUAAUUAGGAAUAUUUUGCGAUAUGGCAUCUAACUUUUAUUUAGUAUAGGCAGUUUUUUAAAAGUGAAAUCUGAAUAUAACUGUUGUUUUGCAUUAACAUUUUAUAAUGGUUUUCUACCAUUUAUGAAAGAUUUUUGCUAGAAAAAUGAUGUAUGAAAAGAAAUGGAGAAAAAUAAAGAUGCUGUCAAAAAGCCUUGCGUGGAUUGUUAUGACAGCAAGAAAUUAGGUAUAUCUAAGCCAAAUAUAUUUAAGAAUAAUGCACAUUUAUAUGGAAGGUCUGAUAGAGGAAAAAAGUUAUCAUAUAUAUCAAGAUCAAAAAAUGCAUCAAAUUCAGUAGAUAAAAAAUCUGGUUUUUAUAGUAAUGAUGCUAAAGCAUAUUUAAAACAACCUUGUGAUAAAUGUGAGGUUAAAUCUGGAUCUCAUAUAGUUGUGAACACUAUUGGAAAAGAGAAAAUUGAUCCUUCAACUUCAGAUUUAAAUGGAGCACUAGCAUUUAAUGCUCAUCAAGCAUUAUGCAGUUUUGCUUGCUCUGUGCCUAAUAUAUCUAGUUUUAACAAAGUAUUAAAUUACUCACCAAAUCAACAAAAUGAAAUACCCUUACCUAGAUAUGCAAAGCAUAAGCAAAACAUUGUAUUUCCAGAUCAGAGAACUUAUAAUUCAAAAGCUAGUAGCAAAUCAAAUAUUUCAUAUGGAAACAAAGUUUCUGCUGCAGUUGCUGCAAAUAAUAAAUGUCAUUGCUCAAAAAAUACACAUAAAAAAUCCACAAAUGCAGAAAGUAAUCUUAAAAUGUGCACUGAUCCAACAGUUGGUGAGCAUGCUAUAAAUGAUAAAUUUAAUUCAAAAUGUAACAUUAAAUAUGCGUCAUCUGAUGCAUCUUUAUUUAAUAAUAAUGCAGGCUUGGUUGAUCUUCCAGUAUUAGAGCAUUCUGAUUUGGUUAAAGAGUCUUGUGCUGCAUAUAAAGUUGAAUGCUGUUCAGAUGAGAGGUUGCCAAUAAUUAAAAAACAACGAAAACAGUCUAGAAAAUGGGAUCGUGUGUCACCUACGUCCAGUUCAACUCUAAGCUCUAAGUCUCUUGAUGAAACUGAUAAAAUGCUUUUUCCAGCUUUACCUUCUAAUAACCAUAGUGAACAAGUAAAAUUAAGUUCUAGUUGCACUGAUAGUAUGCCACCAUCUGAGCACUCUUCUGCUGAGAAUUCUGAUUUAGAAAAUGCACAGUCUUUGCUUAAUGCAAAUGUUAGUUUUAAUGCUGUUUCACAAGUGUCAUGUAUUUCUUCUAUUCCACAAGCUUCUUAUGCUGAUGUUAUUCGAAUGUCUGCACCUUCAACUGGCAUUCAGGGGUUUCUUCCUUUAGAUUAUGAUAAAACAUCGUCUGAGCAAAGUUUCAUAACACAUACAUUAACUAACUCUGUACAAGAUAGAUUGCAAAAGGAUGAAAUUGUACAACCCGGUAGCUCAGACUGGGUAAUUUCUAGAUUAUCUCAGCUUGAUCAAAAUUCAUCUGAUCCUGUAAAUAAUAUUUCUUUGACACACACUAGCCAGAAUGGGCAGAACUUUGUUGCUCCUCGCCCUAUUGUUGUCAGUCUAGAAAAACCAAGUUUUUAUAAUUCAAGCCUCCAAACUAAUAAAAAUGUUUUGACUACACCUCCUUCCCAUACUCAUAUACCUUCAUCUGAUCGAAAAAUUGUGGAGAAUGACAGCUUAAUUCUUGAUUGUUUGUGUACUCUUGAGAAAAUAUCAAUGGACAAAUUUCCAGUAUUGCCUGGCCCUGCACAUGACUCCAGUAUUUCCGAAUUUACUUCUGGGACACAUGUACAGGAUGCAAGUGUAAAGACUGAUUCUGUUUACAGCAGCCAGAGUAGUAUUAGUUCCUUCAGUGAUGCAUUUAAACAAGCUGAAAGCAGAGAUCUUACUGGGGAUAACAUUUUGAAAAGUGAAGAUCCUCCUGUGAUUAUUAUGAACAAUUGUUCACCUCCUGAAAGUAUGUCUGAGAUCAGUUUUGGAAUUGAAUAUGAAGAAAUGGUAAAGCUCUGUGCUGACAGUUAUGAACCAAAAGUUAUUACUGGACCAGCUAUUAAAAAUGCUAAAGUUGGCUGCCCUUCUGAAAAAAAUAAGAUUGAUAAUACUGAUGUGAAGUCUGUAAAAGCCCAUGAAUUAACUGAAAACAGUAGUACUAUUUCCAAGUCUGCUAUUGAAGGAGCAGAAAAGAGUAUUAUAGUGAAAGGAAAGAAAUUAUGUUGGAAAGAUUUUGAUGUGGGUAGUAAAAGUAAUCAUAUGCAGUUGGCUGAAUAUUUUGCUUCUGUGUGGAAUGACAUUGAGAAAAGCUCCAAAAAGGAAUGGUUCAGCUGGGAUCUGUAAAAAAUUGACGCAUUUUCAUGAAAAAUUAAGAUGAAAUCUGCAAAAAAUAUGUGUAUGCAAGAUAAGGAAAUUGAAAUGUGUUUCAAAUUUGAAGUUAUCUUUGUUGGAUAUGACAAAAGAUCGUUUGUAAAUACCUUGAAUGUGUUCUCACCGUAUUUUUUUGGUAAUGUUGCUUGUUGCAAAAUUUUUUGUUGCAGUUGAAUUUGUUAACGUUAUAUGUUAUGACCUUUACAAUGGGCCCACCUUGAGAAUUUAAUACCGUAGAUUUUUGUACCUCAGUAUUUUUUCUGUAAAAUUUUUCAGUUUUUGUUAGAUUUAUAUAUGUUUGCCUUUUAACUGUCAUAAUAGUUGAAGAUAUAACAGUAUGAAUAUUUAUGUGCCAGGGGCAUGACAAAGCCAAAAGCUGUUUGUUGCGUUAACUGAAUGAUUUUCAUAUUUAGUAUUGAUAAAGGUGAUUGCAUUGAUCACAUUUCUGGCUUUUCUCUAAAACUAAUUUCAAUUUAAUAUUGCAUUUGCCAAAUUUUAAAAUCCCAAUGAUAAUUUGAUUUUCUCUUCUUGUAAUCCCACAAAUAUUUUGAUUGGGUACAUAUUAGCACCGAACACACUCCAAAAGGGACGUGUGUUUUUUUAAUCAUUUUUAUUCUUGAUAAAGUGAGUGUAUUUAUGUAUGAGAUGCAUACCUCUACUUUACUUUACUGUUCAAAGAGUCAGAGAAGAGUGGAUGCUCUCUGAAUUGUAUAGAGAGGGGUGCAUGCCAGUAUAUGUUGUUUCGAAAACUUUAACUAGCAUGAUCAAAGUUGGAAAUAUUUUUGGUGGCCACUCUGUAUUAAAGUUAAAACUUUAUAAAUAAAAAUAUUUUUGCAAAUUGGUUUAAAAUAGCUUUUAUUAGCACUAAUUUUGUUUUAGUACUAAACAUACUUUUAAUCAAUUUGUAUAAAAGUACUGAUGAUUGCUUUUAAUUUCCAGUCAUCAUAAAACUUAAAGAUUAGUGUUAUCCAAAUCAUCCUUUUUUCCCACUAAUGUAAGUUUUUAUCAUAUUUGCUGCUUUCUUAUGCAUGUCUUCUCUUAGUAAUGACUUAAAGUAGAAUUACUUGAAGAUUCACAUUCCAUAUCCUCAUUUCAUUAAUAGGGAUCAAUGUGGUAUGUCAAAAAGUUGCAUUGUUCUUUGUUUAAAUUUUAUCAGAUGUGCUAAAGAAAACAGAAAUUAGUAAUAUGCAGUGUUAUGGUUUUUAGGAUCAACUGUGAAUGUGGACAGGGAUCCUUUUAGCAUUUAGUUCAUUUGGCAUGUUCUUAUGUGGUCUUUGAUCUAAGAUGUUACAAUUUCUGUAUUUAUCAAUUCUGCUGUUAUCAUACUACUUAAACAGUAAAGUAAAAUAUAAGUACUUAUAUUUUUUAUUUUUACAUUUAGUAUUUUAAAUUUAGUUUUAUAAUUUAAAUCAUGGAAAAUUCUGUCUAAUGUUGGUAUUUUUGAUUGACACACACAAAAAUUGUUUUCAUUCUUACAAACUAAUGUAAUAUAAAAUCUGAUGUUCUAUAAAAUAAGCUAUUUUUUAAUUCGUAUAUCUAUUAUAUUAAAAAUUGUAGAUGAUUUGUGACAUUUUCAUGGUAUCCAAAGUUUUUGGAUUCUCAAGUAAAUUUUAUACUUGCCAUUUUAGUUCUAUAAUCAUCUUAGUUUUUUAAGCAUUGUUCAUCAUUUUGUCCAUUAGAAAAAAAUGUAACUUUUGCUCCUUUUUAAUUUAGUCUUAUGACCUUUCUCUCACUGUUCUCAAGUAACUUUGGCCUUUUUUAAAUAUUACUAUUAGAUGCAUUUUUACAUACAUUUGGCUGUGAGAAUCAUUUUCUUUUUCUAGAAAAAAAAAAAAAAAAUGAAAAUUUUUCUCAUGGGGAAAUAUACAGCUUAUCGUCAUGAAAAUUUAGUGAAAAUGUUGUUAAAAACACAUAUAGAUGGCAUAUUAGGUAAGAAAUAACAAAAUUAAAGCACUUGGAAAAUUUAUUUUUAAAUAAAGUAAAAAUAUUUUGGGGGGACGGAACCUAGAGUUAUUUUUCGUUGUUCGUUCUUGUUUCUUCACUUGUUAUUAAUAGUAAAUUUUCUGUGAAGGAAUGUGCAUGCCAGAUUGUGGGAAUGGUUUUGUAUCACAGAUACUAAAUUUAAUUUUUUAAGCAUCCUUCACCAACUCAUGAAGUUAUAAUGCAAAGAGUGAUGAUCCCUUAGUAUCUGACCCUUAAUAUCUAGUGGUGUUGCUUACUGUGUAUGAGAAUUGAGAUUAAGGCUGUGUUCUGAUGGCGGCAUAGAGGCGUAGUCAUAAGGGCAUAAAAUACGGGAAUUCCGUUCAUGCGAGAAUGCGUUGUAAGCUGUGGCCAAUGAGAGAAGCUAAAUUUGCGUAUGCGUGGAUGUGUCUACAACUUUCCUGCGCUGGUCUCCUGCUCAAUUGAUUUCCCGCUUUCGCUCUGCUUGUUUUGUAGCAGCGAAAUCUAUUGUAGAACACCAUUUCAUUUUAGCUUUGCUCUGAUUGGUCAACGCUUAUCCCAAACUCUGCGUAAAGUUGAAAACUUUGAACCCUAUGCUACGAGCCCUAAACCAGAUUUUGUGACGUAGCACAGACUGGUUGCCUUGGCAAUGGAGCUUGGCUUUAACCACUUAUGCCCUUUACGUCCCCGUCUGAACGAAGUGUCAGUCAGGAAAUGGUAGAUUAGAAUAGGUAAUGAGUGUUUUGUUCCAUUAACAAGUAUUGACAUAUCUACUGUCGCCAGACACCAUUCCAUUUUUAACCAAGAGUAUCUGGGAAAUGAUAUUAGAGGGUCUUGGACCCUUUUCCACCAACUACAAAAGAUUUAUCGACUAAACAUGUUUCUGCUGUAUGUAGGUGUAGUAACUAAGAACACCCAAAGCUUACACAGAUUCAGGCUUUUUCUAACUAGUUUUUAUUUCCUGUUUUAAAGAACUUAAUAUUGUGUAUUUUUUUAUGCAUCAUUUCUUUAUUAGUUGCUUGCAUUUACUAACAGUUACUAACUUUCACCCUAAUUUUACUCACUCAUUCCUUCCAAAAGAAAACUACAUAGUUCUUUAUUUCCGAGUCAUUUCUGGCUCAUCAAAAUUAUCUGUUUCUUGUACAGCAUGAUUACAUGUAUUUAGCACUGCAUAAUUAACCAUUUUUCGCUUUUUAUAUCAUCUUUAGCUUUUCUAGAGCUGUAUCAUACUUAGAUGCAAAUGUAUACCUAAAAGUUUUCCAUAACUCUUCUAAUAAAUAAAAUACAAUAUGAAGGUCAUUCUGAAAUUUUUUAGUUACUGCUAAAAUGGUACAAAAUAAAUGUAAUUAAACCUAAUUGUUCAAAGUAGCCCUUUCCAACAUCAAUGCACUUUAGUCGGCAGAUUUUUCAGAGAUAAAUGCUUCAAGGUAACCAUUUCUUGGAAUUGAUGCUUAUGAACCAUAAUUAAUCAUAUUUCAAAUUAAAAAUAACCUUUUGAUAAAUUUUGUUUUAGAUUAAAAAAUAGCGAAAGGUCACAAUGCAAGAUCAGAAUAGUAGGGUGAAUGUUCUGUCACUUAGACGUGUUUCUGUUCAAGACAAUCAACUGUCAGUCAUAUUGAAUGAGAAGAUGAAUUAUUAUGGUGAAGCAAGAGUCCCUUAAUAUCUACUUCUUGAUGAAUUUAUGGAAGACAUUUUGUGUACCAUUUAGCUCUAAGUGUCUGCUGGCCAUUUUAUUUGAUGGCUUUGACCCUUGAAGAAAAAGGCAUAUAUUACUUUUUUCAUUGCCCAUUGUCUUUUCACCAUUGUAGGUUAGGGGUCAUCCUCAAAGAUUCAUAAUUCACUUUUUUGGUGUGUUGAAACUAAAAAGAAAAAAAAAAAAAAACCAUGUAGCACAUCACAAAACUUCACUAGAUGUUAUAUUGGAAAUAAUGCGUCCUCCAUCAUUCUUUUGUAUGGAGAAUUUUUUUAUUCAUUUUCUGGGACUAAGCAGCUGUCGAAGGUCUUUCUGUACACUUUCCAUUUAAAAUAAUUUUACCUUUUAAAUUUUCUAAAUCAUAUGAAUAUAGAGGCAGAAGAUGGAGCGUCAUUUCCAUGUGCUAAUUUGAGGCAUUGAAAGCAUUCUUAAUUUAAAUCGUAAAACAUAAACUGACAAUGGUUUCACUUCAGCCUCCUUUUUUUUUAAAUUUAUUCUACAAUGGAUAAUUUAUUCUACGACAGGUAAAUUGCAGUUGCUGUCAUAAAUUAUAAUCUGUGGACAUAUAAAAGUUUAUACAUCUAAAAAAUAAUUUUAAUGCAUAUUGGCUGUCACUGUCUAAAAACAUUUAUGAGUGAUGUAUGUAUUGGAUCUUUGCUUAGAAUUGGGUUACUUAAUUAUGACAAACCGCACAAGGGUAAUCUUCCUAAGCUCUGUCUGAUUUUGAGGGCAAACUCUUUAAAAAUUAGAAUUUAUGUGUUUUAAAUUAUUUUUCCCUAAUGCCAACCUCUUGAGAAAUCUUUUGGUUUGUUAUAUUUAGGGUAAGACAUAAUGUAUAUUGACAAAAAAGAAAUGGAAGUUGAUCAGAAGUAGAAUGGUGUUGAUGACAACAGCAGAGAAACGUUUAAAUUAAUUUACUCGACAGAUGCUAUCCAAUGCAGUAAAUGAGUCUGUAAGCAUAUUUGCUAAUUAUAUUGUGCAUCUGUAAUCACAAGCACUCCUACAUCAGCUUUGAAGCUAAACUUUUUGGUAAGCUUCUCUAAAAAGACAGAUAUUUUAGAAGGUGAGAUCAUUAAUAAUUGUAAGCAAUUUCAUUACAGAAUUAUUCAAGUCUUUCAUAUUCAUAUCAUGCAGGUCCUUAAAGCAGAAAUAUUCUAUUCUGUCAAAAAAACAAAAAAAGUCUCAAAGGCAGCUAUUCAAAUCCUAUUAAUAACAUUGAUGCUGAGAGAUAUUUUACUAGUAUAGAUGUGAGUUAAUGACAUAGACUGUAGUAAAAAAAUAUUAAAACUACAGGAAUGUUAGGUUUCAAUAAAUUAAAAAAAAUAAUUAUUCAUCUAGUGUAUUUGAAUACAAUAAGUUUUGAUUGGUAUAGUUUCUAGUGAAGGUGGCUGCCGUAUUGUUAGGUCCAGGUUUGAAUCCCAGAGAUGGCUUGGAUGUUUUUAAGUAUAUAGGCAUGGGUGCACUUAAAUACUGGCGAGCCAAAGGUAUUUCACAAGAGGUUUUAGUUCUAGGGAAAAAAGGUGGGAGAUCUUUAGAUCAGUUCUAGUGAGAUUCUCUUUCAAAAUUCUUCUCACCACUAAGGUGCUCAAAGCCCAUAUCAACAUUAGAGGCCACAGCCCUGCGGUCCUGGCCUUGAUAAAAUUCAUAAACCUGAUUUGAUGUUAUUAUGAGGUGUGUGUGAUAAGUCACAGCUCGCAGUAAGUUCCGAAAACUGGUUUGCAUUUUCCCCCACCUUUUUAUGAAUAAUGCAAGAUUUUCAUUUUUGAUCUUUUUCUUUUGUGAAAUUUACCUUUUUUGAAUAUGAAAAUAGUGUAUACUUGCUUUUUGUGUAAUAUUUAAUGUUUGAAAAUUAAAUAUGGGAAAUAGCAGUGUACAUAUUUAAUACUUAGCGGGAUUCAUUUGAAAAGUGUCUAGAUACUAUUUCUGGUGUGGGCUUUUGCAUAUCCUUAAGCAUGAAUGAGUAAACUUUUCAAAUGUGUAAAAUAGAAUUCUAAAAUGCAAUAAAGAUUUGGCCUUAGAAAUGCUUUUCUGACAGAUGGAUGUCUGUGACUGCAGUAGGAAAGACAGCAUUCAAAAUGCCUAAUUCAAGUGUCAAAUGACAAAGCUCUGUGGCACAGAAGUAAAGCGCAAAGAAAUAGAGUAAAAGGUUCCGAGUUUAAUCCUUGGACAAUAAUGAGAAGUAGAAAAGUGUGAAUAAGCUUUUUUUUGCCUCCUACAAUUUUAUUUUCAGUGUGUAAUUUUAUGUACAUUGUCUUAUUUUUCAGUGUAUUGACAAUGAUGCUGGUCCAGUGUGCUUAUGCUGGUGCAUUGCACUGAUGUCAGUAUGAGUAGAUUCAUUUUUCUUUUUCUCCUUGCUUUAAGUAACAGAUUUGAUGACAGGGACCUAAUCAGUAAUUAUAUUUUCUCUUGUAAAAAAUCCUUGUUUUUAAGCCAAUAAAAACAAGAAGUUGGCUGUAAUUAUUGUUUAUGAAAAGGAUUUAAAUUAAUUUGAAAAGAGUGACUCUCAUUUGGAUUAUAAUUGUAUUUAUUUCCUACUAAAGCAUCUGUUAGAUAAUUAGAACCAAAUGAAGGUGCACUGCUUAAUACAGAUUCUGCAUGUGCUACUGUACCAAGAAUUACUGAACUAAGUGCUAAAAGGUUUGAUCAUUGUAGUAAAGGGACUAAACCUUUGAAAGUUUUUACUCUGAAGCUUUUUAAAUCAAAUCAGAGGAGAAAUUAGAAAUUUACAUUUAUCAGAGAAAUUGACCUUAUAUUUUCAUAGGGUCGAGUGGUCACCAGAAAAGUGUUUCUUCCAUUAACAGAAGGAACUAGAACUAACUUCUUUCAUUCUUAUAUAGUCUGUAUCUCAAUUGAAAUUUGCAUGUAUGUAGAAAAUCAGUACAGGAAGGGGAAAAAAGUUCUUUUUACCUUGAUUUAUUUAAAAUGUUCUGUAUUCCAUCACUUUCUUACCUUCCCUUUUUAAUUUUGUGUAAGUAUUUCCCCUGCAGUUUUCUGUAGUCUGUAUUCAUCUGUACUUUGCUGUCAUCAUUAUGGUGCCAAUUUUGCCCGAGAUCAGCUGCUGUUUUACUAAAAAAACAUUUUUUUUAAUUGCUAGCCGGUGCCUUUUGUUUAUUUCAUUCAUUUUUUCCAGUGAGAUUUUUUAUUUCAAUCCAGGUCAUGUAAAUAAAAUAUUUUAUUGACAAACACUUGAAAUUAUAACUUUGUGAAAAGAAAUACUGUAGCAAUAAUGGUACGUUGCAGAAAGAUUGAAUAGUAACCAUUAUUGCUCCUGUGAUUUAUUUAAUUGUAAAAAUGUAUUUCUUUAUGUCCGAAAAAUGAACAAUUUUGUUGUGUAUUUGUGUGUGACUGGAAUAAAAUUGUGCAUAUUGUAGUGUUAAGUUUUAGUUGAUUUAAUUUUGAUUGCUGCCAGUUUCGGCUAUUUUUCUAUUUUCGUUGAGUUUUAUAAGUGGAAUAAAUAUAUUCAAAGUAAAAUCAAAAAAUGAGAAAAACAUCUGUUAUUCAUCUAUUACUACGAUCAUACUAAAUUUUAAUUAUGUGCAAUAUUAGAACAGUACAGAGAUUAAUUAAAGUCCUGGGCAUAAGAGUUUCAUCUUGAGCUAUAAUAUGAAAACAGUUGAGCUAUAAUAUGAAGUAUUAAUUUUUUUUUUUAAUUUAAAAUUAUGCAGUGUAAAAUGCAUUAAUCUGUUUUACUUAGUAAGCUAUUUUCCAAUAAUUUUGAAUUCCUGUAUCUGAUAAAGUGUUUUAAAGUUUAUGGUCAUUCUCAAAAUAGUGAAAAAUUGAAAUUAUGUAGUGUUUUUGGAUAGUCCUUUCAAACAGUGACAGUUCUGUAUUUUCCUUUAACAUUUUCCUAAUUCUGUUGUGUGUGUGAUUCCAAACUAAUUUCAAGAUUUUAAGUGAUUAUUUUGUAAACUUUCUAAGCUUGCACCGGCAAAAAAUAUGUUCACGAUGUUCUGACAUAAAUCAUCACUACCAUUAUUAUCUGAAGUCUGCUGAGGUCUCUUAGACUCAUUAUUAUUAUUUUUUAAAGUAGGAAGGCCUGAAAAAUUAACCAAGCAUUUGAACUUUGUUGCUUUUAUGUUAGCAUACUAGCUGGGUAUACUGACCACAAGGAGUUGUGAGGUGAACACUUUUAAUUCCUUCUGCCACUUGAAGGGGAACUGUAAGGAGACGGCAAGACCCAGUCAGCAAAAUGAAGGUGAAAAUAAGUUACCUAAAAAUGAAAUAAAACCUUCUUGAUUGGCAUACGAAACGACUGCAUACAAAAGUUUGAACAUAACCAAAAAAUGCUACUUUCACAGACACCUAUCUGCUUUGUCAUUUGAAGCUACAAUCUUAGCUCUUAUUAAGAAAGGAAAGCAAUGGUAACCCAAGAAGCUACUUUUUGUUUAACCUAAAACAUUUGAUUUUAACUACAUUCAGAUCAUGUAUGCCCUUUAAAAAAUAAGUUAGCCUUAACCACAUUUUAGUUAGAAUGAUUAUGUAUGAGACUCCAGGGUCUUUUUUUGGGGGGGGGGCUAGAAAAAUUAAACUGUACUUUUAUGAGGAAUCAUGAGAUGACUGGAAGAAUGGUAGCUUCCAUUUGCUAAUUGAAUGUGCUGAAUAAUACAUCACUGUGACACAUGGGUGACAUGCCUUUAAUUUUAAACUGUGUCACAAAAAACCUUGCAAAAUUUUUUGUUCUUUUGGUAGUAAAAACCUGUUAAUCUGACAUUUAACUGUUCAGCAGGUCCAGUGAUCCAACAUCUUUUUCAGCAACAUUCCUAUCGAAAGGUGAUGCUAUUACGAAUUGUUUUCGCAAUUUUUGAAAAGGCUGAGCAGUUGCUUCACAUCUUUUUGCCAUUUUAAGUUAGUUUAAAAUUUUCCCUUUGUAUUAUUUGCUUUCAUAUCUUCAUUUAAAAUAUUUUCAAAAUUUGGUAAACAUUUUGGAAAGGAACGAAGCAGAAACAUGGGACUUUUUUUUUUAACUUGCUUAAGUUUGAAAGAUUGUCUUUCGCAACAGUUGUAGAGUAUGUCUUGCAACCUUUGAUCUCAAAUUGAGAACAUUCAGUGUUCACUUUCUGCUAGAGUGGAAUCUAAAAAAUAGGUGAGCUUUGUGCAUUCAUCAGGACUUAAUUUCCAAAUUUAUAAGUGCCAGAGUCCUUUGGGUUGUUCAGAAAGACGAACAAAAAUAAGAUAAUAAAUAAAAAAAAUCCUCAAUAUUAAAUGAAACAUAAAGAGAAAAAUGAAGUAAAAUUAAUGACAAAUAGUUAAACAAUAAAACAAAAUGCUAGAUCUCAUCUCAUUUAGAACUUUAUAAUUACAGUUUCUCUUAAAAACUUAAAACGUGAGCUGGGCUGCAGAAGUCUGGAAAUUUAUUGUAUUAUGUUUUCUUUCAAGGUAUAAUAAAAACACAAAUUCUUUUUCACUAGUGAAACGAGAAUGCUAAAAACAGUAUGAGAAUAUGGAAGAAAAUUUUAAUGGAAAAGUUUACAUAUAAAAACAAACGAGUCAAAUACUCUCCUGAUAUCAAAUCAUUGCUGAUAUAAUUAUAGCUAUCAAGCAGAAUGCAUGACAAAGGGAGGGGAUUUGCCCCUGAAUCCAAAGAGUGAUCUGUAAGCUUAGAGGGAGAAAAGUUCUGAAUAGAUAAGUAUUUUUAUCCCCCCAUAUUCAGUGUUACAUCUGUUCAAAAAGACCAUAAAUGCUCUUCCAUGUGGAAGGCACCAGUGUUGUACAUGUCUGAGCUAUUUUCCUUAAUAUUUUACUACUGUAAGUCUGUUAUAAUAUUGUGAUUUGGGAGCAUAACAAGAUAGUUCCCUCUUUCCUGUCUCCCUGUGAAUACCAAAUCUGUGGAUACUAUAAUCUGUGCUAUUACUUUAGGGAGCGAAAAUUUGCCAUUUACAAACAAGCCAUAAUAAAUUUAUUUCCCUUCUUGCAGUUUAAAUUUCAGUAUAUGGUUGAGCCUUUUUUUUUUUUUUUUUUUUCCUUGUUUUAAAUGUCUAUUUUUACUCAAGUUUGUUUCCUAGGUAAAAAUAAGCAUAUGCAUUCAGAAGUUAAUAUCGACUUCCAGGUUUUAUUUAUUGCUAUCAGAUGGGUGCUUUCUUAUUAUCUGUGCCUUCUACUGAAAAGUUGCAAAGUGGUUGGUGACUUUUGAGAGAAAUGUUUGACUAUGCUCAUGUCUGUUUCAAUGAUGCAUCUAGUGCUGCCUUUUUUGUAAACAAUCUUUUCUUAGAAGAUAUGCAUACUCCUUGGAGGUUAUUAUACCAGUUUAUUGUAUAAUCCCACUUAUUCACAGAAUUUCAGUAACAUAUUCCUUUGUUGAUCAAUAAAUAAAGCGAAUGACAGUUGCUGAUGAGAUUUUUAAGCCAGUAUUAACCUGCAUUCUGACUGCAAUUUUUCGCAUUGCACAUUCGGUUAUUUGAGAAGUACAACUUCAUAUGAUGUUAAUUUGUGCAUUUUUUUUAUUGCUGGACAAAACACCCUAUAUCUGAAGAAAUGCAGCGCUUUCUUUUUGAUUAGCUGGCAAACACCACAAUCGCAUUAGGAUUUGUUACAACACAAACAAAAGUAUGAAAUGCACAAAGAAAUGUGUUUUUUCAAACACAUAUAGGCUACAUUGGCGCAUAAAUAUUUUCUGGCAGCAUCGUGGGUUGUUCCAUAAAUAUUUAUUAGUGACACACUGUUAUUGCAUCAUUAGUACUUUUUCACAGUUUUUGUGAAGAGAUUUUUUAAAUAAACAAGUGUGAAUAAUCAGAAAGAUACCAUGAGAUGUUAUGAAAUCAGAAGAAUUUUCUGUUGAAAUUAUGGUUCAGUUUUUAAAAGAAAUAAGUGCCUGGGCUCAUCUUAUUUAGGGCUAUGGUGUACUCCAGCUGCAACUAUGAUUUAUCUUUGAAGCUAAGGAGUAUCGAAGCCUUGCUGUGGUAGGCCUAUUAAAUAUGUUUGCAGAAUUAUCAGAUGCAUUAUUUUUUCAUUUCUCAAUGCAUUCAGUAAAAAAAAAAUAUUGUUUGGUUGCAUUUACAAUUUUGUCUGAUUCAUCAUUCAACUGUUUCAUUUUGUAAGCUCUCCAAAUUAAAGCUAAAAAAAAGAUCAACAUUGAAUGCUUUAUUUAUUUAUAUGUUGUGGUUCUUCCUUACAUCUUUAACUAAUUCUGAGAAAACAUUUCUGAUAUUAAAAAUCAAAAGCAGCUUCCUAAUGUAAUCUUAUUACAGAACUCUGAUUCCAGUCUCAUGUAGUACCAGUGGAAUAUGGCUUUACCCAUACAGCCAAUAGAAGAGAAAUGAAAUUUAAUUUCUUAAGAUUUUUCGGGUGCUCCAUCUGACAUCGGAUUGAAAGAAAUUGAAUUCCACUACUGUACUUGAUUAUUUGGCAUUGCAAAAAUCCAGAUGUGCUAGAUUAUUGGACUUUUACUGUGUAUGAAAAUAUUUAAAUAAUUCAUUCUGUGGAAAUUUACAUACUGAUUUUUCAUCAUUUUUAUAAUUAUUAUUUUUUCUGUUCUAAUGUGUUUGCUGCUGUUUAUGAGAAUGUCAACUCUGGUACUCCUUUUCCUAGCAUUUUUUAAUAUUGUAAUCUUUGUUAGAAGCAUCUCUUUUUUGAACAGAAAUGGUAAAAACUUGCAACCGUAAAUGGCAAAUUAAAUUACUGUUUAAUUUUGAGUAGUUUUGAAUUAUUUUAAAUUUUAUGUACAAUCUGAUUUUUUUUAUAUUAAGUGGCUAAUAUUUAUUUCUUUGUGACUACAUGCCUCAUUAUGAAGAGCAUUUCUGUGUAUUAGGAACACAGCGGAUAAUAUAUAAAAUGAAAAAUAUGAAUUGAGUAACCCUGAAAAUAAUAGUUAAGUAUUCUAAAAUGGUAAUCUAGCUAAAGGAUGAUUCGUUAAGACAAAACAUGUGAUGACUAUUUGCUUAAAGUGAGGGACACUUUCAUGUAGCCCUUUCUAAGAGGACUUGGUUAACCCUGUGCUUCCUGGUGCUUUGCUUGGAUUUGAAUCAAAUAUCCUGUAUUCAGCAGCCUUAUCCAUUCUGGUGGGAAGUCUAGGUGAAAGAUAGUUUAGUCAGAACAGUGUUCUCCAGCGGUGUUUUCGUUUGCAUUUAAGAGAGAACCGGGAUUUUAGCAUUUUAUUGCGAUGAGUAGCCAUUUAAUUUAUUAUUAAGCUUCAUUUACUUUUUGUUGAUGAAAAUUUGUGUUGCCUUAUGUGCAAGUUGACUGCUUUGAAAACUAUUCCCAUGUCCAAUGAUAUCAGAUAUUAAACUAGAAUGAAGAACUGUGCAUGUGGAAGAAAUGUAAUCCCCAUAUUUUUCAUUGUGCUUAGUUUAGUUUUACACAUUUGGGUUUUUUUCAGGUUGUGUGCAUUAUUAUAUAGAAUAAAGGACAUUUAAUUAAAAUUUUAAGGAAAUUUACUAUAUGAAGUAAAAAUAAAGAAUCAAAAAUGUUUUAGAAUGAAGCAUGCAAAUAAAUUAGAUAAAAAUUUGUUGAAUAUCCUUUUUAAAGUUUUAGAAAGGAAAACUCAUAAAGUUGCAAAGAACUCUUUGUAAUUUUUUAAAUGUUCAGGAAAUAAAUUUUUAUUCAGUGCAUAUUCUGCAACGUUGUGUAAAUGAUACAUGUAUAUAAUAUAGGAUAAAAGAAAGGUAAUAUAAAAUAGUAACUAAUCUGUAAUAGCAUUUUAACUUUGCAUUUUAACUGUUCCCAUAUGCUGAUGCUGAGAUUUGUCUCAAUAUAUUUUUGUCAGACAAGAAAACAGAAACUUUUUCUUUCACUUAGCAAGUAACGUUUUAUACCUUUUAAGAGGUCUUUUUAAAUUCUGAUUGGAAGCUACAUUUUUUUCAGCAACAUUGACUUCUAAAUAAGGUACAGUUUUAGAUUAUUACACGUGUUUCUGUUUUGAAGUUCUGCAGAUUUAAUUUUAGUACUUAAUUAUUGCAGCUAAGAGAUUUUAUGAUAUAUUAAAAAGUAACUUUCACUAACUUUGUUGAAUAAUUAGAACUGACAUUGUUGAAUAAAUUUAGGUUAUCAACAUUUAAUGUAUUAUUACUUAUAAAUUGAUAAAAAUUUUAAAUUUUUUUGAGAAUGUGGUAAAUAUGAAACAGGAAUAAUAUGAAAUAAUUUUGAAUAUUAGUAGAGAAAAUGAUAAAAACUAUGUGUUUAAGCGAGUGUUAAUGUUAGAAAUUACGAAAAGUUGUGAUUUUAGAUAAUGUUCUUAUCAAUAUUAAAAUAUAAAUGAUUUAAAAAUUGAAUAAUUAUAAAUUUAAAUAUGGGUAGUUAAUUAAAAAGUGAAAUGCAGGAAAAGUUAUCUGAAAUAAUCUGAUAAUAAAAUUAAUCUGACUGUUUGUUCUAGUUACAUAAAUUAAUAAUUAUUUCUAAGAAGUAGACUAUGAUGUAGAUAGGAGCAUUGGUUCAGAAUAACAGGGGUGCUUUUUCUUUCUGAAUUAAUUUUUCCUUUUACCCUCUCUUACAAUAAAAGAUGAAGGUUACCAUUUAUAAGAAUGCGAUAUUUUUUAUAGAAUCUUUAUUUUGGAAUAUUUUAAUGCAGUUCUCAAUUGGCCAGUUUUUAUGCAAGGAAUGGAGGCCAUUUCAAGUAACACGCCAGGUCAGUUACACAUACGUAAUUUUUAUAUGGGAAUGUUUGUUUUUAGAGAAUGGUGGGGACUUCUUAAAGUAAAAUUAGGAAUUUGAAGUCAAAUAUAAAAAGAAUGCAACCAUAUUUUUAAAACAGAUUGUUUAUAAUAUUAAAAGGAAGAUUGUAAUUAUAAAAAUUAGAAUGUUAUACAUUUUUUCAAUUUUUUACAUUGUAUUGAAAUAAGUAAUGGUUAUGAGAAAUUUUUCAAUACAUGAUAUUCUUUCACAGGGGAUUAAGGCUUCUGUGGAAAAAUUUUUUUUGCAAAAACAAAAAGGGACUUUUUGAAAUUGGACUGAAUAUCAGAAUUUUAAUGAGACUUAAUUGUUUAAUUUUAAAAACAUAGGCUCAAAAUUUUUAUUCUGUAUCAUUUAAAAAUAUUAUCUAGUUUGAAAUUUCAUGAUUUUUAUUUUACACAUUAUGUUAUUUCUCUUCUUUAAAAGCUUUUCAGUUGUCAAACCUUUUUUCUCUGUUAAGGAGGAUAUAUAAGAUAAAAUACUAAUUAAAAUUUACAGUAGCCUUAAUUCUUCUUUAAAUGUAGUUAUUUCUUUCUGUCCUUGAAAAAUAGUAGCUGCUCAGAUUAGCCCUCCCUACAAUGCAUCAUUUCAGAAUUAAUUCUCAUGAUUCUUGCAUAAUGCUAAUGACACAGACACAUAAUGCUGUAGCCAGUCAUAUUCAAAUUUAGGAACCAAGAUCAGUCAAUAUGAAGCUGAACCAAAACUAAGCUAGUCUUUUUCAGAUUUUCGAGGUAUCAUCUGUAGACUUUUUCUCUGCUUUGCAAGAAGCUGGUUGCAUGCUGCGCUUCUGUUCUUCAAAUAUGUAGCAACAAUAUUAAAAGCAUUUGUCACUGUUUCAAGAACAGAUGUAUUUUUUAAGCCUAUUUAACUGUGUUUAACUGAAAAAUUUGUUUUAUCAGCAAUAAAUGAAAAUAUUCAAUUGACCAUUCAUUAACCCGUUCGCAACGAGCACCUGUGUUACCGAAGCGUUCUUUUGGGACGGCGCAUUAACCGGAUGCGUCGUCCUGUACGGGCAAUUUAUGCUGCUAAGCCUAACUUUGGAAAAAAAAUCGUAUAAAUGAAAUUUUUUUUCCAAUUUUGGGUACGUUAUGAGAAGAGCAUUCAGGUAGUCGUCAGAAUUAGUUUUAAGCCUUUAUUAUUAUAUUUUCCUUAAAAAUUUUAAAAAAUACUUAUUCCAGAAUAAUAUAAUUUUUUCCUUAUCCCACAAAUAAAUAUAUAUGGAAAAAUAUCCAAACACUCGCAGAUUUUUAUUUAACACAACACAUAAUUAAAAUUAAAAAAUAUUAAAAAUAUGUCUUUCAUAAAAAUUCAACGAGCAAACACCGAAAAGUAAGCAAUGUUUCAAAAUGAGACAGUGUAUGAUAUUCUUUGAAACAUGGUUGUACGCAAUGGUAAACAUGGUAAACGUCCAACGUUGCAUUAGUCACAGGAAUAUUUACUCAGCAAAUUUGACUCCCUUUAGCAUUUGUAUAUGUUCUAUGGUCAGAUAGUGCUUUCGUUUUGCCAUUUAAAAACAAAACCUUUCGCUAAGCGCUAUAAAAUAUUCGUCUCAAUGCCGGGAAACUCAAAGAGUAAUAAAAAAGUCUCUAAUGACAUCUACUCCACUAUAACCGAUAAAAAAAUAAGAAAAAUUAAUAAAUUAAAAGUAUUCCAGAGCAUCGAGAACAUGUUCAUUUGUUUAUAUAAAAUGACACAGUGAGAGCCAUUACAUUACUCAACACUAACGAAUUAGUGAUUAUAUAUAUUCUAUGUUUAGAUACUGCUUUUGUUUGCCUUUUAAAAAAAUACGUUUUGCUGAUGAUUAAAAAUAUUCAUCUCAAAGCACGAAAAAUCUAAGAAUAGUAAAAAGAAGGAAGAAUUUAAGCGUAAUAAAAAAAAUCUCGAAUGGUAAAACAUCUAUCUCUCUAUAUUGCAAAAAUAAAAAGUACCUCAAUGCAGUGAGAGCAUGUGCAUUUGUUUAUAUCAAAUGAUGCAGUUAAAGAGACAUUACAUUGCUCAACAACCACCCAUAAAUCUCACUCUCAUUCUGAAACAAAAUACCAAAAAUAAAAAUCAUUGCAUAAGAAUGAAAGUAAACAUACUUAACUUUUGAUAUAUUUCCCCAUAACAGGCAUACAGCUACAUCUAGCAGCAAUGAAAAAUAAUAAUUAAACGUUCUAUCUGAAAAGUCAAAUGUGGUAUGCCCGGCCGGUAGAGUGAAUUAAAUGGCGAUUCAAAUAUGACACACCCUGCCGUGAGGUAAUGUUCGCUGCUGAUGCACAUAUGACGCACCCGUACUGAACGGGUUAAUGGUUCUUAAUCUUUAUUCCACAUCACCAUCACCUAAAUUCUUACAUAUAUGUAAGUUAAGAAAUAAGUACUCACUUUAAUUCGCAAUAGCCUAUUGACUUUCAUAUUUAAAUUGGUUAUUUUCCCUUUUUAUUUUAAAUGUAGUAACAUGUUUAUGGUAAAUCUUUCUAAACUGCAUUAUUUCAAUAUCUUUUCUCAUGGUUCUUAUAUAAUGCUUCAGCCAACUGUAACAUUAAAAAUUUUGAACUGUAACUUAACCAAUCAAAAGGAACCAAAACUGAAUAAGUCUUAAUUCUGACUUUCAGGAUAUCAUCUGCAUAUUCGUUUUCCACUUCUCUAUCCCACUAGCUUCCUGUCAUCACUUUUCUUAAUAAAUGCAAGUGCAUCAAAAAAAUGUAAGCGCUCGUUAAAAAAUGCAUGUCUUGUGCCAGCUUAGCUGUGUGUGUGUCAAGAAAUAAAAUGUAUGUAUUUUAAGAAAUGAAAUGUUAAUGUAUGCAACAUUUUCUGCUAUAUCUUUUAUGCAUCAUCACUGUGUCAUAAUAUCUAAAUUAUAACAUAUAUAUAUAUAUAUAAAUGUUUUCCCUGCAAUAAAUUGCUAAUAUUUGGACAAAUCAGUACUCUAAUUCAUAUUUUUUUGGGUGUGUUAGUUUGUGGUGUGUUCUAAAGGUACGUUUUGAUGUGAAUAAUUGCUUGUUGUGAAAGUCUUUUUAAAAAAAUUGUCUUAUAUAUGUUCACACAUGACAGAAUCACAAAAAGUACUUUGUAGCAAGCUCAUGCAUUCCUUUGAAAUUAAAUUCAAGACUAAAGUGUUGAGGUGUUAUUCAGUCUCUGCAAAUGGUGGGCUCUUCUGACAUGCAAUUAAGUUUUAUACUUAAAAAAAGUCUGUAGAGAAAUUUUAUCUUUCAUGUAAGAUUUUCCAGAUGCUUUAUUUCAAGAGUGUGUGUAGUUGGGUGCAUUAUGUAAUGCUGUUGGGUGGAUUAUGGUGUCAUUAUUGGAUAAACAUUUUAAUAAUGGUAAUAAGUGGAGAAAAUAAAAAGUUUUAACUCUCAA